AUGGCUCCGACGACUCCUAACGUCAAAAGCCGGGUCUUGAUCAUCGGGGCGACGGGUCUCAUCGGCCGGCAUGUGGCGGAGGCUAGCCUUGACGCCGGUCGACUCACCUACCUUCUCAUACGGUCGACCUCUUCCGCCGCCGACGACCCUUUAAAAGGCCAACUACUCAAGUUUCUUGAGGACAAAGGUGCCAUCAUCGUACAGGCCCAGCAACAAACCUUUGCCGGAAAGGUGGAUUACCCGUUGCUUCCGGAGAUUGCAUCGGCCAUUUUGAUUGUGACUGUGGAUGUGCUCAGCAAUUCGGAUCAUCGGCUGUUGGCCAGUGUGAUCCUCAAGCACUUUACCUGUGCAACUGUUACUUGCCCUGCACGCAGGAUUUUGGGUGUGCUCCGAUUUCGACUAAUCAAGAUCGGGUGA